AUGGUGCGGACUCAAAUAAUAGAAUUGAUUUUGGCGACGGACAUGAAGGGCCACUUCGAGACUGUCUCCAGAUUCAGAGUGCGUCGAAGCGCGUCGGACUUUGAUUUAUUUUUGGAAGAAGACUUUUGGUUUUUUAUGAAAAUCUUCAUCAAAGCUGCAGACAUUUCCCACUGCGGAGUUGAGUGGAAACAGCACUUCUCCUGGUGCCAGCGGGUCCUCUGCGAGUUCUACGAUCAGGGAGACGAGGAGCGUUUGCGUUCUUUGCCGAUAUCUCCUUUAUGCGAUCGGGAGAAACAUUUGGAUGCAGCAAAAAGUCAAUUAGGGUUUAUAAACUUUGUCUCUAAACCCUUAUUUGAUGAGCUCGCUGCAGUGGAUCUCGCGGGACUAAUUGAAAAAGAAAUAAUGACAAACAUUCAAAGCAAUGCAGCAAAGUGGGAGGCUUUGAGCACUUCGGGUGUAUCGAUCCCGUUUUACCUGCAGCAGUUCAGCAGCAGCAGCAGCAGCAGCAGCGGGCUGUCGCCGCUGGCUGCUGCUGCGCUUGCUGCUGCUGCUACCAGCUGCCAGGCCACUGCUGCUGCUGCUGCUGGCUCCAAAGUGGACACAAUUAAUAAAAAAAUAAUUCAAAAACAAUCUGAAGGAGCAACAGUUACAAAAAUAGAUUUGAGGCCUCUUUUUGCGCAUGCAGAGCAGGGCCGCCAGCGCCACAGCAGCAGCAGCCACCAGGCUGCUGCUGCUGCUGCUGCUGCUGCUCCGUCCCCUGCUGCUGCUCCGGCUGCCGCGCCCGCUGCUGCGCAGGCGCCCUCUCCAGCAGCAGCAGCAGCUCCUCAAGGCAGCAGCAGCAGCAGCAGCAGCAACAGAACUCAGGGCGUUCCGAGGCCCCCUUUACCUGGGAGCACUUAA